AUGGCCCUGUCCGAGCUGCCACAACGUGAACCGGGGCCCGACCAGGGUUACACAGAGGCGGCGCAGCAUCAGCACCAGUCCAAGGCCGACCCCCCGGUUGCCCCUCCGAUCGAGGUCGCCAGGGCUCAUCAUCCUGCAGCGAAUCCUGCUGCUUCGACUCCUGCCUUCCCAGACCAGCAGCAGGCAAACCAUGUUGGCUUCUUGGCGGCCAGUUUACUGGCGGUAGAAACACCGGCAGCGGCAGCAGCAAACUACCCUCUCCACGGUGAUGAAAUGUGGCAAAAGCACUUCAAGCACCUGCCCAGGGGCUCCAAGCCUGUCGCGUUCGUCGGUGAGGGCGCAGCCAACGCCGUCUUUGAGAUCAAAGUCCCCCAGCAUGGCUUAUCAGAUCAAAAUUUCAAGGGCCUGCUGCUACGAGUGGCCAAGGUUCCAGCACUCGGCCAGCCCACCGCGUACAACUACCUCUUUCAGCAAAAGUUCUACCAGACCGCCAUCCGCCCGCUUCUCGGCAAUAAUGCCAUCCACCAAGAGCUCGUCAUCCUUCGCAGCUCGGGCAUCAUCGACGAGCUCAACCGCCUCCUCCAGGAACUCGACCAUACCCGCAAGGCCAAGUUCCGCGGCUCCUUUGUUGGCCAGUCGGACUGGGGCCUCCUGAUCGAGGACAUGCGCCCCGAUACCAAGGCCCCGGCGCCGCGCAUUCUCGUCGAGUUUAAGCCUAAGUGGCUCUCACAGUCACGCAGCGCCCCGGCCCGUGCCGUCCGUUGCCGGCAGUGCGCUCUUGAGCUCCAGCGCAAGCUGACCAGGCCAGUCACCGGCACUGGCCUGUUCACUCCCGAGCGCAAGCCAUGCCCGUUGGCACUGGUGGACGAUGAGCCGCCGCCGCCCGCUGUGUCGUCGCCCUUUCGCAUCGCGCCGCAGUUGAUUGAUGCACCGGAGCGGGAGCACCUCCAGACCUCGCUGGAGCUUCUCCUGCACGACCCGUUCUUGGAUGACCUGCGCGCGCAGCAAGAGGAGUUGGACACGACGGGCCCGCUGAAAGCCAUCCCAGAAGACGAAAAGUUUGGCAUUGCUAUGACGAUUCGUGACUGCACGUGCUUUGCGCUGAUUCCCAAGGACGCGGCUGCCCGCAGCGCAGAGGACAUCAAGAUCCGCCUCGGUGACUUGGAUUGGAAAGACCCUCACACCAAGAUCCAGCACUGGCGCGGCACCGAGCAAGCCCUCAUUGACGGAGGAUUCUACACGGCGGAUUGGAUCCUUUGCGAUGGCGUCUACUAUUACCCGCCGACGCUGUGCUUGCUCGAGUGGAAGCCGAGACUCUUCUCAACCGGCGCGACUGACGUCAUACAGCUGCUAGAUGCCGAUGCAAACCGGCCCACCAACGGAUAUGCCGCUGAAAGACAUGUAUACACACAUGUGGCAGAAACUGCCUCGCUGCGGGCAAAGUUACAGCCAUAUGAUGGUGGCGACGCGACGCCUAUUAACCCACACCACCCACCGCCCUACUAA